AUGCGAACGGUUAAUGCUGUAUUCAGAGAGCCGGUGCAACAAGUUCUGGAGAAAGUAAAAAAUGAGCCUUUCUUCAAAUGGCCGAGUAAAAUGGCCGGAGAACCUUCGAAGCGCAACCAAAACCUGUAUUGUCAUUAUCAUCAAGACUACGAGCAUACUACCGAGAAUUGCAGAAAUCUAUGGAAUCACCUGGAUCAGUUGGUUCGAGAAGGAAAGCUACGUCACCUUUUACACCCCUCCAGCGGUCAUCUGGGCCAAGCAGUUCAAGAGCCUCAGAAAGAUGUAUCUUUGAGACCUCCCAUAGGGACGAUACACAUCAUCCUCGCCGCCCCAGGAAGAACCGGCUUUUUUCCCUCUGAGGUACUAUCCGUCGCCCGACUCUCGGCCGAGGAUGGUAAGAGGGAGUCCAAAAGAUCUAAAAAGGGAAACUCACCAAUAUUGAGGUUCUCGGACGAGGAUAAGGGAGGAACUAUCCAACUUCACGACGAUGCUCUAGUGGUUACGUUGAGGAUUGGAGGGUUUGACGUGAAGAGGGUACUAGUAGAUCCGGGCAGUGUAGUGGAAGUAAUGUACCCCGAUCUGUAUAAGGGGCUCAACUUAAGGCCUGAGGAUUUAACGGCUUAUAACUCUCCUCUUAUAAGUUUCGAGGGGAAGACUGUUGUACCAAAAUGGCAGAUCAGAUUACCCAUACAGACCGGAUCAGAGGUGGUGGAGGUAGAUUUUAUCGUGGUCGAUGCCUAUUCACUCUACAUGGCCAUAGUAGCCAGGCCAGGGCUCUAUGCCCUGGAGGCUGUGUCUUCUACGCUUCACCAGAAGGUAAAAUACCCGUCCGGAGGCCAAGUGGAAGAAAUUCGUGGAGAUCAAGCCAUGGCUAGGCAAUGCAUGGUGGCCGCCAUCUCGCACCGAUUCAAUGCCGAAUCCUCAGCUUCUGUGAAGGACUCAUAG